UAUUAUUAUUAUUAUUAUUAUUAUAUGUUUUCGAGGUUAGCUUGUUUCUUGAAUUACUUGUAUCACGUGUUAUACAUCUAAUUUGCAUAUAUUGAGGCCUAGCUUCCCUCCAAACUGUCGAGCCCGCGGUGCAUUUCGGAGAUAUGGAUCGUCUACUUUCUUUAAAAGAAGCAAUAGUAAUUUAUUUAGAUAGAAGUGGUGGGUUACGUAAACUCAUUGAAGACUGUAAUGUCUUUAAAGGUGCACAGCAGAUGGGGGCCGUGUAUCGGUUCAGUUUUGAUGUAAGUCCCUCAGAUGUGCUUGAACUCGACGCCACACUGGGAGACUGUAUACUACACGACCCUCUCAAAGCCGUUUCCCUCUUUCAGUCAGUUUGCUAUCUGUCUAUAAAAACUCUGUCACUUUUUGACCACGUAGAAACAGAAAGCCAGGUUAAUGUUGUUUUAAAGCCAACCCAUUUGCCACCGUUUCCCGACUAUUGUUUGGAUCUCUCUGAGUUUCCUCGUGGGUAUGGUCCAAUGAGACCUUUAGCUUUGGAGGGCCUCGUAAUUGCCAUGACACGUGUCACCAAAUACACACAAGGGGCCAGAUUUCUCUGCUCAGAAGAGACAUGUCCUUGCUCAAGAGGGUUUCAUCAUAUCAGAGUUCAUGCACCGGGUGCCACAGAGUCUGCCACGGUUAGAAGUGAUUUUACCUGCUUUCUCUGUUCUUCCCCGCUGAAAGAGGAUGUGAAGUCUCGGGUUUUAGGGGAUAAACAGCUAGUUGAGCUCAUGCAUGUAAGAGCAGUGGAUAUGUUGGGAGUUCAUGAUGCUGCUUCCUUAAGAUAUCAAUCGGUCACCCUUUUUCUGAGAGAUGAACUGUGUAACUCCAUGAGAAUCGGCCAUCUGUACCGAGUUGUGGGGAUUCCAGCUCAUGUGCACCAGUGGCCCAAUGUAACCUGGAGUGUAGAGGCUUGCAGCAUCCAACCAUGGAACCCCAAAUGCUCCUGUGUGGUUAGCAGCAACUUCCAGAACCUGCAGGCAGCCUCGGCCUGUUCCCCGUGGAGGUUCGCUGCCAUUGUAGCCAACUCAUUCGGUUCCCCAGUGAUCCCACCUGGACUCUACAACACAUUAAAGUUGGGGCUACUUCUGAGCUUGGUGCAAACUGAAGAUAAUCCAGACUCGCCCAACCACCUGGAUGUUCUGGCUCUCACCAGUGACAGUCUAAUCAUUGAUAGGUUGAUGAGAUAUAGCCUGCCGUUGGCUUCGCGAGGCAUUCAUCACGAGCUGACAGGAGAGCUGUUGGCAUCUCUAUCUAGAGAUGAACAUGGAGCAGGUACCGCCAACAUCCAUGCAGGUUCGGCUUUGUUGGCGUCGGGAGGAGUCUGUCUGCUGGGAGACCUCACAUGCUACAAGAAAGACAAGAUGGACAUGCUUCAGUCUGCUCUUGAAAGCAGAACUGUGUCUGUUUUCAUUCCUGCCAAGAAGUAUGGUGAUGAUAUGGACCAGCAGCUCUCCUUCCCCAUCCAGUGUAACUUUUGGGCCUUAGCUGAUGCUGCUUCCCCCUGCAAGAGGACAGCCAGAUGUGAUAAUGUGGUGCUUGGUUCUGUGGAAAUGGGCUCAGUUCCUCUUCAGCUUGCAGGGGCAUUUGGACUCGUAGUCCAGUGUCGAGAAACAAGCGGCAAACAUCCACUUCUGUCCAUGACAGUGCAUACCCUGAGACAGGCCAUGUGCCCAGGAGAACCCCUUUACCCAGCAUGCAUGCAGUUUACCACACAAGACUACAAAGAGCUUUUGGCUCAUGCAAGGGAACUGAAGGUGGACAUGAGUCCCGAGGCUGAAAGGAUGAUCCAUGGCUAUUACAUGGCCAGUCGCAGGGUUCGCUCUGACUCAACACAGAGAUCCUCUGUCACUUCUGUCAAACUCCUGAUUUCUCUGGCCCAGGCUCAUGCUAAACUCAGUCUGAGAACACAAGUUCUGGAGGAAGACGCAGUCAUUGCAGUACUGCUAUGCGAGAGUUCAGUCACCCUAAAACAUGGAGGCUCUGCGCUUGUUUUUCCACCCGAUGCAGUGUUUCCUUGUGCUCUCCAUGACCUGGACUCCUUGCACCAACGGGACCUUAGAUUGGAAGAAUCCCGCAAGCAGAUCUUGCAUUUUGUGCACACCUACGCAACCUGUAUAGAGGAAUGA